UAUCAUCACCCCUAUUCUGAUUAGUGAGCCAUUCUACAUCAUAUCCGUCGUUUGAUUCAUGCUUUUUGCUGACAGAGUCACAUCAGUGACGAUUUUUCUUGUUUCCUACGACUUUCUGGUAGAAUUUUCCUCAGAAUAACUGACCGAGAUGUCGAACGUCCGCGUGGUCACCGAAGACGCCCAGUUCCAGGUCGAACUGACCAACGCGGGCACCAAACUCGUGGUGGUGGAUUUCUACGCCGACUGGUGUGGUCCCUGCCAGAGGAUCGCUCCGUUCUAUAACCAGCUGAGCCUGCGCUACCCGACAGUUGUGUUUCUGAAGGUGAACGUGGACCAGUGUCAG